GGGGCCGGGCGGAGUCGCGAGUGGGGGGGUCACCAUGACAAUGGGGAUGGGCCGGGGGCAAGUCAGUCGUUGGAACUAAGCCCUGAGUGCCCCCAGACUGUGCUGGGCCUGUUGCCCCUGCAGCGUGACCCUGCCGCUCACCCCCGCUGUUGCAUCCUGCAGGUCAUAGGUGGAGCGGGCCUGGAUGUCGACUUUUCCCUGGAGAGCCCCUCGGGCGUGCUGCUGGUCAACGAGUAUCGGAAAUCUGAUGGGGUGCACACCAUUGAGCCCACAGAAGCAGGCGACUACAAACUCUGCUUUGACAACUCCUUCAGCACCAUCUCGGAGAAGCUGGUUUUCUUUGAGCUCAUUUUCGACAGCCCCCAAGAGGACGAGGAUGGAGAUAACUGGGCCGAUGUGGUGGAGCCGGAGGAGAUGCUGGACAUGAAGAUAGAAGAUAUUAAGGAAUCCAUCGAGACCAUGAAGACUCGCCUGGAGCGGAGCAUCCAGAUGCAAACGCUGCUGCGAGCCUUUGAGGCCAGGGAUCGCAACCUGCAGGAGAGCAACUUGGGCCGGGUCAAUUUCUGGUCAGCCGUUAACCUGGGGGUGCUGGUGGUGGUUGCCUUCCUGCAGGUCUACAUGUUGAAGAGCCUCUUUGAGGACAAGAGGCAGGUCCGAACGUAGCGCGGGAGAGCAAUGGACUCCAUAUUUCUGUGAGGGGGAAGGGACAGAGCCAUGGUCCUGAGGCUGGGGAAGUCAAACACCCAGCAUCUGAUAGAUCAACUGUGUGUAACUUUCUCAAAUUGCUGCUGCUUCUCUUCUGGGUCUCUAAAAUGGGCCUCUUUGUACUGGGGGGCGGGGGAGGGAGGGGAAUGGAUGGCAGGGGUCUGUCUGUGUGGGGUGGGCAGUAUUGGUUGAAAUCCGUUCUCUAUUGACUUGACCCCUUAGGCUUGGGGAGGAGGUACUGCAGCCACGGGCCUGUGCCAAACCACCUCCUCCCUGCGACUGCGAUGCAGGAAGAAAGCGAAGUGUGGCAUGGUGGGUGGCAGCUGAGGGAGCAGCAGGUUUGCUCCGUACAGCAGGGUCUUUCCCCCUAAGGCUGGCAGCCUCUGGUGCUAACAGGUGCCAGUUACAGGUCGGCUGGAUCACCUCCCCUGGUCCUGCCGCUCCUCUGUUGUGCAGUUUUGUCAGGAUCCUCCUAUGUGCCUUAGCAGCAGCGCUUGGUCUGUUUGGACCUCAGCCGAGGCCUGGCUAUGUCCUGCUGCCCCUUUCGCCUUGUUCACUGCUCUUGUUCCCCUGGGUAUCCAUGGAAUCCCCACAUGGAAGGGUCUGGCCUCUGAGGCAGUAGGGACUUGGCUCCACAGAGCCUACAGACUGGUGCCAGGAGGUAAAGUAGCCUCUUCACUGUGCGCUGCUGCAGUGUGGCCCUGGCUUUGGGGCCAGCCCUGUGGCUCGGCUUUCCUUAAAGCUGUGUGUGCAAUCUGCCCCAUUUCCAUGGUGCGCUCUUGCUUGAGCCAGCCACGCUCGGCUCGUGGAUAACUCCCUUCCUAUGCUGCCCUGUUCCAGGGGCAUCUCUUACCUCUGGGCCAGUCUCCUGCCAACGGAAGAACAGCCCGGUUCUGGUUCUCAGCAGAUUCUAACCUUUCUGCCAUUGCCCUGCCUUGGUGCCUUUUCUCCCUGUCCUGUUUGCCUUUAAGCCUUGCGAUAGUCCGCUAACUGGGACCAUGGAUCCCAGCAUGGCACCUCGGCAGCAGGAAAGCGUAGGCCUCCAGUUCUGCCCCUCCCCUGGGUUGAGGGUGUGUGUGUCUUGCAGCAGCACCAGUGAUGUGGAGAAUUUGUUUCCAGGCACCAGGGUAAGCUGUGGAAAGUUACCCCGGAGGGUCUGGGGCUGGGAGGGUCCCACAUGAGCAGGUAGUGCUGGGCUGAUGGAACCUGGAGCGCUCUGUGGCUGAGGGCCAGAUAUGCAGGGCCAUUCAGGGUGAGCUGCAUCUGCUCUCUGUCCGGUUAGUGGGGAUCGGCAGCGCCAGCCAUCACCGUAAAUUGCUCCAUCCCUGCCGUAGCCGAGGGGGCUCAGGGUCCAGGUCGGACUCAAGGGGAAAGGGAGGCUGCAUUACUGGGAUCUGCCUGGGACAGCUGGGUUCCCCGGGCUGGCUGACCCAACCCUCCUGAGGAGGGGCUGUGACAGCCAGAGGAGGCCAGUGGUGCUGCCUGCUUGCUCGCCUGCCCUGCUGGAAAAUAGCCCUGAUCUCCGCAUCAGCUGCUGUGUGCCAGACACGUGCCUUCCAGACCGGUCCCUGGAGAGACUCCGGGGCAGUGCCCUCUCCUGGGCAUGGUGCUGCUGUCCACAAGUCGCUAGGUCUAGGGCUCUGGACACAGGAUGAUUCCAGGAGCUUCUGCAGCCUGGCUUGGUACUUUUAUAAUGUGCUGGAUCCAGCACAAGGGGCUGAUUUUGCCCAGGCUCUGGAGAGAGCUGUCCGAGUGGCAGCCUGGAAAACCUGCCACGGGCGGCCGACUUGUUUCCCGUCCUUUGGGCCCCAUCUCUGAGUGGGGCCGGGGCCAGGUCCCGCUUGGAGUAGCCAAGCAGAGCCCACUUGAUGCUGGGGACCCUUUUCUGAUUUCCCCCCACCGCUACUGUGACAACCCAGUGAAGAGCUGAGCCGACUCGCACGCAGACUGUGCUGCUCAGUGAAAGCUGCUGCCUGCCUAGCCAGUAACAGGCUGGCUGGGGGCUGAGCGCUGGGUUUUAAUUACCAAAGGGCUAUGGAGCCAUUCUCUCUAGCGAAUAUUCAUACUGCUGAGCCUUUGCAAAGGAAUCGAGUAUUUAUUCGGCUGGUAAAGGAAGGACAUUAAAUGACGUUGUUUAAGA